AUGCGCGUUGCGAUCGCCGGGGGAACCAGCCCUACCUUGGGUGCUUCUAUUGUGUCGGCGUUGCUUUCGACUGACGGGCGCUACACCCCAGUUGUUCUGUCUCGCGAGGGCAAGAUCCAUUCCUUCCCACCAGGAUCUUUACUACAUGACGUUGAGAUUCGAUAUGUCAACUACCACUCACAGCCUUCUCUGGUGGAGACAUUGCGCGACGUAGAAGUCGUCCUCAGCGUCUUACUGAUCCCAGGCUCAGACUGGGUGACCGCUCAGGUUAAUUUGCUUCACGCUGCCGAGGAGGCAGGGUGUCGGCGAUUUGCACCCUCCGAGUAUGCUCUCAGUUCUCAGGCCCAGGCAAUGGUGGACUUGCUGGACGCGAAGAAUACAGUUUGGCAGGCGGUCCAAGACUCCGUGGACCGGGGAAAGAUCGAUGCUGCCAGAUUUCCGUGCGGUAUGUUCAUGAACUAUCUGGGAAUUGGCUGUCCCGAUGAGGGAGCCCGAGCGGAGGCUCUCUCGGGCUUCCAGGAAGGGCCCGUCCUCGUCCACCUGGAGGAUCCCUCAUCGUCCUGGGUUGAAGUGCCUUUGCGCGCGGAUGGUACGGUACCGAGCUUGACGAUGACAGAGCUCCGGGAUGUGGGUAAAUUCAUUGUUGCCGCCUUAGAUCUCCAAGCCCCUUGGGCGGGCCGAGAAUUGGGGAUGGCGGGCGACACUCUGAGCUUUACGACCCUCAUCGCUCUUUGCCAGCGCUUCACUGGACGGUCGGUGGAAGCCCGCACCGUCACCGAGCCGCAACUCCAAGCCCGAUUGGAGACAAUACCAUCGAGCCAAUUCAUCGAGCGCAUGGAGUGUCAGUUGACUAUCGUUUGUUGUCGAGAUGGAUCAGUGGUAAACCCGGCGCUUAACCGCCUGUCGUCCGUGCGACCGACAACUGUCGAACAGUUUAUGCAACGUUAUUGGGGAUCUCACAAUCGGAAAUAA